UCGAACAUUUGUAUAGAAUAUCUAUACUAUUAUAAUGCCAGGCCAAAUUACAAUCCGAACACCAUUAUAGUUGUGUCAUUAUCUUGCUUCACAAAUUACCUGCUUUCAGUUGCAAACAAUUGUCCUCUCUUUCAUGGACGAAGCAGAAGCUCCAAGUCCUCCUCCGUUUCUGGAGGUCAAAUGUCAGAGUUCAGGCAUGAAACGCCGCUUCGCGAGGGGGACAGAGGCAGGUUUUGCAGUCUCACUGAUAAACAAGAAAUUGGGUUUGGGGGACCCACUUGCUGUGCAUAUUGAAGCCUUUAAAGAAGGAGAAGAGCCCAUCAGUUUUGGACCCAGCUCGGCUCUCGUCGAUUAUGGCAAUGGCUGGAGGUUACAGACCGUUUCCCAAGUGGAUUCUUCUGGAAUUGGAGGUGGACAAGGGGUUGGAAGGCCAAUGGCAAUGCCACUUCCUGGUGUAAUGCGUUCCGACAAGUUACAUGUUGCAAAGAGGGUAUCGAAACCAGAAAUCAAUUUUUUGUACAUUGGAAAAAUAAUAUUAGCUUUCAUUUUGAUUUUUGUACUUGGUGCAAUUUUCACGUUGGCUCUUGAGAACCUUCCUAGACUGAUUUCUUUUUUCAGUUUAUCUAUGUAAUUUAUUUUGUUCUUUGAACACUGUAAAAGAUAAUUAAUAUAUGUCAAUGUCUUAUGUAAACGAAAAACAGGAAAGGAGAAAUUCUUUCCAAUCUGUAUGCUCUCCAACAUAAUGUAUGAUGUAUCGUUUGUGUA